CCAAUUUCCAGCCGGAAAUUUGCCCCAAUUAUUUUCCGAUGAGCGUGUUCGGCGGCGAUAGCUGGGGGAGGGAGGCGCAGCACCGGAAAAGAAGAGUCGACGAUUUGCUAAUCGAAAACGUCGAAGCUUCCCUCUACAAGAAGCUCCCCAGCGGCAAAUUCGCUUGCCUCGUUUGCCCUAAUAAUCCCGUUCUCGACACCGCAACAACUCUCUCAACACAUGUGAAUGGCGCACGCCAUAGAUCAGCUGAAUUGAAGCAUAGAGAGAGAAAAUUAGCUAGGGAAGAAGAAGUUAACAGAAGAUUAGCAUUUUCUGAUUCUGUUAGCAUCAAUUCUGCCUCCUCUGCUUCGAUUAAACCACGGAAAACAUCGAACAAACCCUUGAUUGAACGAACACGGAAAGCUACUUCCGAGGUAUUUUCCGGUGAAUUUAUUCGGAAGGAGGUGAAAUCGGAAACCGUCAAUCCAAUUAAAAUUGAAGAAAAACACGACACGGUUGUUGUAGAGGUGCAGCCGUUGGAUUACCGGGAGCGUAACGAGAGGGAACUCAAAUUCACGGAAGCCGGAUGGAAGCGCGACGGCCAUGGCAGAUGGUUCAAGGACGAAAAUGUGGAAUUUGAUUCCGACGAAGAAGAUCCCAACAUUGUCUUGAAUGACAGUGUUUGAUUUGGCGACUGGUACUCCUCAUCACAUAUAUCUUAUCGAAUUAUGGUGCUUUGCUGUAAGAUGAUCGCAGGUAAUCAAUCGAUUGAUCUCGACUGUCCAUUGGAGGUUAGCCUCGAUUUGACAAUUCGUAAUGUCUAAAAUUGUAUGGUUGCGUGUUAAAAUUGUAUGAUCUCGACCAUUUUUUGGUGGAUUGAAUACGAAAAUUCAAGCAUGGUGUAGAAUUUAAAUGAAUUAUUUCUUUGGAACCA